AUGUCCGACUCGGAAGAUCUUGCCGAGAUCCCUGAGAUCCCUGAGGACGGCGCCGACGACCUUUUCGGCGAUUCUGACAUUGGCGACAACGACAUUCUCCCAGCGAGCGACCGCGAGCUCAACUCGGACGAUGACGAGACGCCCGCGAGACGCGCCGACGCAGAGGACCAAGACGAUGACCACUUCCACUCCACGCAGAACAACGUUGUCGAGGACGCGCAGGUGUCCCGCCAUCGUAUUCCCCAGCCCAAGAACGGACAGCUCUCCUCUUUCCGCGUCCCCAAAUUCAUCUCGGUGCACCCCGACCUGUACAGCCGCGAGACAUUCGUGCCGACGGAGCGCGACGUGCAAAACGCCAAAGCCGACAACCCCAAGGCCGAGGUGCGCGUGCGGCGGGACGGGGCGACGGGCCAGCUGCAGAGCAACACGCUGAUCCACCGGUGGAACGACGGGUCGCUGACCGUGUCGGUGGGCGACGAGCACUUUGAGAUCCACACCAAGUCGCUGGCGCCGGCGGCGGGGGCGGCGUACCGCGAGGUGCAGGACGCGCACUACUACGCGGCGGCGCCGAACCUCAGCAGCAACCACUACAUGAUGGUCGGGCACGUGGCGGCGCAGUACACGGUGCGGCCGGGCCAGGCGAUGGAGGACGACGCGCUGGCCAAGCUAGCGGAGCGCAUGGCGGCGGCGUCGCGCGGCGUGCACGAGGGCGACAUGAUCAUCAAGACGACCAAGGACCCCAUGCUGCAGAUCAAGCAGGCCGAGCUCGCCGAGAAGGAGCGCAUGAAGGCCCAGCGCCGCCGCGAGACGGCCGCCGCCAAGAUGGACGGGCCCCAGCGGUACGGCCGCGGCGCCGGCGGCGGCCUGUCGAUUGGCGAUCUCGAGGGCGGCCGCAGGGGCGGCGCCGGGCGCAAGCGGGCCGGCGGCGGUGCGCGGGAGAAGAGGCGGAAGCCAGAGUACGACUCGGACGACGAUCUCCCGUCGGGCGCGCGGCGCGUGGGCGACGACUACGAUCUCGAGGACGACUUUAUCGCCGGCAGCGACGAGGACAUCAGCGAGGGCGCCGAGGAGGACGAGGAAGAGAUCCUCGACGACGAUGACGACGAGGAGGAGGAGGCGCCGCGACGCAAGCGCCAGCGUACUGCCGACGCAGAUGACGGCGGUCACGAGGCUUCAGGCCGAGCACGACGUCGCCAGGUGAUUGACGAUGAGGACGAUGAGGAUGAGGACUGA